AUGUUCGUUGCCCCUCUAACCACGGUUAAGGGAAGCAGGUCGGCUCUGCGGGACGUCACCAACGAGAACGAUCCGGCGACUCAGAUGAAGCCAGCUGCCAAGCGCAGAUUCGGAGACGCCCUGACGAACACCAUCCAGAAGCCGAUUUCGGACAGCCUGAAUGCUAACACCACCCAGAAGGCCAAGACCAUCCAGAAGGCUCAACCGUCCAUAAACCGUCGACUUAAGCUGGAAGAGGAGAUUCGGGAAAAGGAUUUGUUCGGGUCGGCUCUGAAGGGAGGCCAGAACACGCAGGCCAACGGAGUUCCUGAUGUCAUAAUGCCGCUGCCUUUUACGCAAGUCGAGAAGAUUAGCUCAGCAGUUCAGGAUCUCGCGAUUGAGAAGGACACCAAGGGGAAGACUGAGCAGGAGUUGAUCGCGCUGAACGACAUAGAUGCACUGGCGGAGCUUUAUGCAGCCGAUGGGGUGGAGAGGAUGCCGAUGGAUGGUGAUAGCUACGAGGCAGCCGUGAAGGCUCAGGCUGAUGAAGAAAUUCGUCAGCGCAUUGAGAUGAUUCGGUCCAUCCGCGUGGAGCCUCCAUGCCUUUAUGGCUUCUCCAAGCAACAUAAGGAUCCAGACACGAUACCCCUUAUGGACGACCCCCCCAUGCCAUCACCUCCUGGAGGCAAUCUUCCAUCUCUGUCUCUGCUGGACGGUGAUGACUAUAUGGAUGACCUGGUGGGAAGCUUCCCAGGCGUGGACGACCUGGAUGUGGGAUGGAGCGCACUGGAGUGA